GAGGCCCGGGGGUUAUAGACAGGUCCACUCUACAGGAGGCUCUGGUGACGCUACAGGAGGCUCUGGUGACGCUACAGGAGGCUCUGGUGGUGACGCUGACCUACAGAUACCAUCCUCAUCCUUCCCGUCCUACACCGCCGGGAAGCUGUCAGGCAGUACACUCCAGGACACAGCGGUGGGCGACGAGUCGGCAACGUCAGAGAGGUUGUCGUCCUCACUCAAGAUGGCGGCUGCUUGGAGGACAAAAUCCGUUCCAUAUGAUGACGUGAACCUGGAUGUAUCGCCACAGACAGAGGACGGCUCACUGCUGCAGCUCCUGCGUACCAAGUCCCUGCCGUUGCUGGGGGGAGAGGGAGGCAGGGCGACGCGGCCACUGUCUUUACCAACACCUCACAAGUCUGGCCUGAGAAGUGUCCUGAUUAGAGGGACGUCCACCUCCACUCUUCCAUUGGUGACAAGUAAGUCCAUCAACCCGAGGCUGAGCGAGUGUUCAGAUUCGACGGCUGCGUCCGUCACCUCGCUAACUAGCACACCCGAUGAUCCAUCCUCAGCUGACCAACGUAAGCUGACCAGGUCUGUGUCUGACGGAUAUCUGUGGACGAGGCGCAAGAAGCAACUGAGGGAUGUUAGAGAUGAAUUCCCUGCCGGUACUCUGCCAUCAGUGAAGAACCUGAAGAACAAGUUCGACCAAAGCCACGAGACAGACUCAAAGACUGCUGACAGGUGGGUGAGUCACAUGGCGUCCCCACCUGGUGAUACCAACAUGGACGAUCCUUUAAGUACUCCAGGAUCCAACACUGCCACCAAGAGAAAAAGACUGAGUCGCCAUGAAAGCUUAGUAAAAUGGGAAGGAAGGAGUAUGGAGGAGUCCAUGAUAAAGAUGCACAAUAUUACUCGACAGUCUGUCAAGAUACUUCUACAACACUUUGAAAAUACACAACAACCUGAGGCAGGUGGCGCGGCUCCUGCCAGUGACGACACACCGUGUGAGGACACCAGCAGACCACCACUUGGUUUACCACCCAAGCCAGUAGAGAUUACAGAAAAACAGCCACAAGGGAAGUCGACACAACACACCAAGAGCCCAGCUGCCACCUCUCGUCCUCAAACUAAAGGUGACGUGGGCCUUUCACCCAACCAAAGUCUUCACACAUCUCUGUCAGUGAGGAAGCUCAAGACUGAGUUUGAGAGAAAAACAAAAGCGGGGUCGACCACAGCCCCCAUCAGCACAGUCCUCGUCGACACAGCCCACGCCAGCACAGUCCUCGUCGACACAGCCCACGCCAGCACAGUACUCGUCGACAUAGCCCCCGCCAGCACAGUCCUCGUCGACACAAUCCCUGCUGGCACAGUCCCCGCCGGCAAAGUCCCCGCCAGCACAGCCCUCGCCAGCACACAGAAGGCGUGUGGGAGGCAGUUGACCAAAGCACACAAUACCCAGCCUCAGGUGACUGACCCAGACAAUGUACCCAAAGAGGUAAUAAAGCAAGACUGCUCUCAACAACAACACCCUCAGCCUCUAACAAUCAAUACCCGCGACGAGAGACCUGCUCAGCCCUACCCGGAGGUGACAGUACACCCUAAAGGUGUUCCUUCAGUGAAUAAACUCAGAAAGAAAUUCGAAGAGACGUUGUCAAGUCAGUCUCACAAGAGGAGUGGUGGCGGAGACGGCCAAGUCAAACAAGAGCGGACAGCGAUCAAGACUCUACUCCGGAACCGCUUUGAGGGCAGCGCUGAUACCCAGACGCCCGAGACUCAGCCGAGAGGAAGAUCACACAGUUCAGCCGCCACACAAGUGAGGUCAUUUUCAUACGGGAAAAAUGAUCCAGAUAAGAUAGGAGAAGAGGACACAAGGCCAAGGACCAAGACACUCUCCCUGGGGUUAAUGAUGGGGCGGAGGAGGAGCAGUGUAGACAACUUAACCUCUUGUGACGGUGACUCCAGGCCCGAGGAAAGAGACGACACCGCACAACACUUAAUAAAUGACCACCAAGAGAAGACUAUGGAUAGCCGGGGACAAAAGAGGUCAAUGAAGAUGAGGUAUACUGAAAAAGAUGAAGAGAAGAGGAAACAAGAGGAGGGGAAAAAGAAGAGAGAUAAAGAAAACGAACAAGUAGAUAAGAGGAGACAAGAGCUGCAACAGGUGGAACAAAAACACCGGGAGAAAGAGAGAACAGAAGGAGAACAAAGAGAAAAAUAUAGAGAACAAGAGCCAAUGAAGAGAGAACAAGAACGAAGAGAGAGAGAGGAACAACUACGCAGAAGACAAAUCGAAGAACAAGAGAGGCUAGAACGAAGAGAAGGACGACGACAACAACACGACCUCAAGACGACACAAGAGGUCAAAAGGGAACAUGAAAAAAAGGAUAAAGAAGGAAGCAGGAAGGAAGAAGGAAGAGAAGGAAAUAGGAAGGAAGAAGGAAGAAGGGAAGAAAUUAAUGUCAAGACCCACCAAUCACUAUUACGUGGACGGAGUGUGCUAAAGACGGGGUCACUGAGGGUCAAACUAGCCAGUCGCCAUGGUCAUGAGUCGGCUGAGGGGCGAGGAAGGAGUGCCACUGUCCCAUCAAAGAGUCUUAGCUCACAGAGAGACACUACAGACGGUAAACAUCACCCCAUAGAUGACCACAAUGUUGGGGAGGCAUCUGGUGUCGCUACUCUCGUUGACAAGUUUACACAUAGUAAUAAACUACACAAGAAAGAUUGUGAAUCCUUGUCACCAGUUCCUGAAGGGUGUGUUAAAGGUUCCUCUACAGAAGCUAAGACGGAGGAGGACACUGCACAGGUUCUUACCACCUCGACCAAGAAUCACCCAGGAAACGUUCGGACACUGAGAGAAGGCGAACUACUCUUCUUCAAGAUGGGUAACACAGGUGAAGCCUUCGUCAGGAGUCAGAGUAUGAGGGAGAAGAAAAAACUUCCUCCUCCAUUCGCAAGACUUCGAGGAGGAUCAAUGAGAGGGAAUCAGACAGAACCCAAGUCGUCUACACCUCUGCCACACAACUGUCGACACCUCCACCCUGAUGAGCUGCGAUUCUUCACUCCUGGUAACAACAAUAUUUACACCGCGUAGCAAGUGGUCAACAGGGAGGCUACACCUUCAGCCUCCACCUCCACCAGGGCGAUGUUCCCUGACGUCAGCACCUAACACUAACCAAACCUAAUCCCCGAGGUAGCGAUAUGGUAUUUAAUCAUCAGGUGAAAUUAACUGUGUAGGGAGGGUGCUAAUCUUCAUGUGAACAUUCCAUCUGAGCGUUAAUUAAUGCACACCUGUUUGUUUACAUAUCAGACAAUGGGUACCAGCCACACACACACACAAGCCGUCAAAUCCUCGUUCAAGAAGACUGAUCCAUCUCUAAGUUAUCAUGUCGUGUUUAUUUUAACAUUAAAACAUAACAUUAACACACACAGUAAACUAACAUUCAUCGAUAUAAAAGUCAGAUGUUUAAUUGUUAAUAUAAAUGUUAUAACUGAGCUUCGACAAUUAACUAGGUCAAAAAUUUAUAAACCAGGGUGAAUUUAUUCUUAAGUAAAUUACUAAUAAAUUGUAAAUAUAAACUCGUGCUACAUGAAUUUAUUCGAGUCAAUUUUGUUUGUGUAUGAUAUUGAUUUCAGGGAUUUUGAAUUUUUGUGUGUUAUUUUGUAAUGGAAAUAAAAGAGUUUCAUUAGCA